AUGACAACCAAUCAGUCUUCAUCUCAACCCAUUGGACAGUCAAACAAAAGCCCAAGAGAGCACUCUCAUGGUGGUCUUCCGACAUCUAGUUCAGCACCUCGUAGUCGUUUACCUGGUCAUAAUCACUCGUCCCGUGAAUCAAUAGAUUCUAUCAAUCCCGAUCAAAUGCUUUAUUAUGGGGCGAAGCAGAUAAUCAGUUUAUUUAUACCAGUGACAGUUUGUAUGUUGUUUGUUGUUGCUGUCGCUUCAACAGUUGACUUUUAUGGACAUACGGAUCAGUAUUUGUUGUAUACACCUUUUCAUACUCCAGAUGCAGAUAUUGGGACACAAACAUGGCAAACAAUAGCUAAUACUUUGAUAUUUAUGAGUGUGGUUGUCGUAAUGACAUGUGUCCUUGUUUUACUGUUCAAGUAUCAGUGUUAUAAGUUUAUUCGGGGUUGGAUAAUUAUGACGACCAUCUUCUUACUUUUCCUGAUAUCCUUCAUGUUUUUUGCUGAAGUUCUUCGAGCUAUGGGUGUAUUUGUUGAUUAUAUUACAGUAGCGUUUGCUUUAUGGAAUUUUGGUGUUGUGGGAAUGAUAGUUAUUCAUUGGCGUGGACCAUUAGUUCUACAACAAGCGUAUUUAAUAUUUAUAUCUGCACAGAUUUCAUUAAUGUUUCUAAAAUAUUUACCCAAAUGGACGUGUUGGCUUGUUUUAGCAGCGUUAAGUGUUUGGGAUAUAGUAGCUGUUUUGUGUCCAAAUGGACCAUUGCGAUUGCUUGUAGAAAUGGCUCAUGAACGACAACAACCCCUUUUCCCUGCCCUUCUCUAUUCAACUACUACAGUUUAUCUUGUCAAAAAACAUGAACCAGUUGAGAGAGUUGAAAAUGAUCAACAAUUUGUUGGGUCCACUAUUACAUGUUCUAUUGAUGCUCCGAAUGAAGCGUCAAAUGUCAAUUGUACUACACAAUCUUGUCCUACUACAUCUGAGUUGGUAGUUUCAGAUAACGAUAACCAGCCAGUGACAGGGAAUUCAAGAAACAUGUCAAAUAUUCCUAUUAAUACGUCCGGAACUGACGUAAUUGUUGAUACUCCUGAUGACAAUACGAGUAAUAAUGAUGCCAAGAGUAAUAAUGAAACUAUAUCACAGGCACCUCAUGAAACAGAUACACUUGUAGCAGGUCGGCUUAAUCGUUGGCAAGAUCUGCAAGCAGAUUUAAUUGAUCGUGACUCAAAGGGCGUAAAACUUGGUUUAGGCGAUUUUGUAUUUUAUAGUCUAUUGAUUGGUCGUGCAACACUUGAUGGCGAUGCAGUCACUGUAGUCACGUGUUAUGUGGCUAUAUUAGUUGGAAUGUGUAUUACUGUUAUAGUAUUGGGAAUUACACGACAAGCAUUACCAGCUUUACCAAUAUCCAUAACAUGUGGUAUAUUAUUUUAUUUUGUCAGUUCAGCGACAAUAUCACCGUUUCUUGAGGCAACAGCAACUGAACGUGUGUUCUUCUGA